AUGGCUCCAAUUUACUACGAGGAAGCAGUGGAUCAGUACGUUCAUGUUGGCCCAAUUCGUUUUGCAUAUCGAAAAUUCGGUGCCGAAACAGGCAUUCCUCUCACUCUCCUCGUGCACUUCAGGGGCACGAUGGAUCAUUGGGACCCGGCAUUCAUCAACCCGCUUGGCGCCACCCGGCCCAUCAUCCUGAUUGACAAUGCUGGCAUCGGUCGAUCAGACGGCGAGGUCCCAUUAGCCAUUAAAGACUGGGCACAGAACGUCAUCAAUGUUCUCAGCGCGAUUGAAGUGAAACAGACCGAUCUCUUCGGUUUCUCGAUGGGAGGAUUCGCUGCUCAGCUCGUCGCACUCAAUGCACCACAGCUCAUCCGUCGGCUCAUACUAACAGGCACAAGUCCUAGCAUAGGCCAAGGAGUCAUUCCUCCAAGCCAGGACCCCUCGGUCCUUAUGCUGAAAGAUGCCGAGACUGAAGAAGACCUGCGCCAAGCCUACAUUACUGCCUUCUUUGGGGCGUCACAGAACUGCUUGAAGGCCGGAGGUGAAGUAUGGGACCGUAUCGCCUCUGCUAGAAAGAACCGGUCUGGAUUUCUUGGAUCGGAAGGGACUAACAGGCAAUUCGGUGCCUUUGGGAACUUCCUUGAUCCGAACCAGGCCAAAGACGGCUCUUUCAACCGGCUCCAUGAGAUUAAUAUCCCCGUUCUGGUUGCAGGCGGGAGCAAUGACGCUGCCAUUCCCACUCACAACAGCUAUGUUCUGUGGCAGAACUUGAUCAACUCCGAUGCACAGUUGCACAUUUAUGCGGAUUCAGGGCAUGGAUUCUUGUUUCAAUACGCAGCCGAAUUCUCCAGGCUAAUUGGUGAAUUCUUGGACAGCGUUUAG